CUCUCUCUCUCUCUCUACACAAACAUAUCCAGUAGAAGGAGAAGAGAAAGAAAACACAAACAGUUGCAUUACCAUCCAAUCCUUCAUCAUCCCCCUUUUACUCUCCUCCUCUCAAAGAAGAUAUCUUCCCAUAAAUUAAUAGCCAUUAAAAUAAGUCAUCCCUCUCUCUACUUUGUCCCUAACUCUAAUGUAGUGAACUGAGUUUCUUCUAGCUUGUCACCCAAACACAACACCAUCAAACCCUAACCAAGCAUAUAUAUAUAUAGGAUCAUUUGAUGUUGUCUUAAGAACUCUUCAUGGGAACCAACUCAAUGCCCUCUCCGGACCUCUCACUAAACAUCAGCCCCCCGAGCAACAACUGUCCCUCCACCGCACCCAACCUCGACCGUGAUCUCGGCCUCGACCUCCUCCUUCGCCCCGUAGAGCCCACCCACGCCGAUGUCUCUCACGCUCGCACUGACCUCUCCCUGUCGUCGACAAACCACAUGACAUCCUUGUUCGAUAUCGCUACACCGAUAAGAGGCCUCCCCUCAUACAACACCCCACCCUCAUCCUCUCCAGAAAGGGGGCACGACCCACAAAUCUCUUUGCACCCAUCUAAUCCACACUCCUCUUUUAGCUCUUCUUCUAGCGCCUACGGAGGUUUACCGGCCUUCGGAUCACCGUAUCAUCGAAUAAUUGCACCGCCAACAAGCUUUGGUGGAUAUGCUUUCGACCCGAUGAGAAGUGAUCACUACCAAUACUACAAUAUCAAUCAGUAUGGAGUUGGGGCAUUUGAGAGCUCCCAAAGCAUGAUAAGAUCUAGGAUAUUCGUGCCGAAGUUCCCUACAAAGAGGAACAUGCGGGCGCCGAGAAUGCGGUGGACGAGCGCUCUCCAUGCACGGUUCGUGCAUGCCGUCGACCUCCUAGGUGGCCAUGAGAGAGCUACACCAAAAUCAGUUCUUGAGCUUAUGGAUGUCAAAGAUCUCACUCUUGCCCAUGUAAAGAGCCACUUGCAGAUGUAUAGAACUGUUAAGUCCACUGAGAAACCUGCAACUUCCCCAGACCAAUCAGAAUGCUCAGGUGAAGAAGAUUUCACUCCUAUGCUCACCGAUUUUGGGUUGCGACGAUCAAUGUCAUCACAAGGAGAUUCAAAUGCGCCGCUCCACCAACACGAUAAGGACUCCAUUACCAUGUGGAAUAACCCAUCAAUCAAGGGCGGUUGGCUUCAGAUGAAUUCAUGCGAACUAGAAGAUCACGCAUCAAUGACAGCUUCAUCACAAUUCCAGGUACCAUAUAUUCUACUGGCUUCGAACCCUUACAUAAACGUUCUAACAGAUACGCACGCAUGCACCGAGAGAGAUUUGAUAGGGAAACAAAAACUCACACGCGCGCACGCAGACAUGUUCGCAGAUAGAGUUGAGCUAGGAUACUAUUAAUAAUUCCAAAUCCAAAUAGAGAGAGAGAGAGAGAGAGUGAGAGUUAUACAAUGCUUUUAUUAGGUGGGAGAUUAUCGUACCUAUUUAGUUGUCUUCUAUCAUGUAUUGAUUAGUACCACAACCCAAAAUUGAUUGUAUUCUAUAAUAUUCUCAUCCAAUGGUUACUUUUUCUCCACUGGCCUUAUCAAUUUUUUUUAUCAUUUACUAAAAACAAAAAAAACCUAAUUAGUGAAGCCUAGCCACCCUUACGUGAGGGGUUAUAGAGAUUAUAACCUUUUUUUCACUUGUAGACUAAGCACUUCUCCCUUAGGUGAGGGGUUAUAUAUAGAGAUUAUAACCGUUUUUUACCUGUAGACUAAGCACUUCUCCAAAAAAUAAAGUGUACAUACGUAGGCCUACUUCAUAAAAGCAUAGCAAACUCUCUGUGUGUGUGCAUGAGGGAGUAAGAGAGAGAGAGAGAGAGAGAGAGAGAGAGAGAGAGAGAGAGAGCUACGUACUAUGCUUUUAUGAGGGUGGAGAUUAUGGUACCUAUUUAGGUUAUCUACUAUCAUGUAUUGAUUAGUAUGCUCUAUCACUAAAAAUAAAGUGUAUGUGCAAAGGCCUGCUUCUUCUUAAAAGCAUAGUAAUUAAUCGUAGAUCACUAUGUGUGUGUACGAGAGAGAGAGAGAGAGAGAGAGAGAAUCACCUAGUAAGUUUGAACCAUCAUUUAAGUUAUGUCUAAGAGACUAAGAGUUCAAUAUAUAGACAUACAGAUACAUAUAUAUUUUGACUUUGGUGCAGGAUGGUGAUCAUCUUUGCCACUCAAGUGGCUCAAGUAGACCUCAUCAAGAACUCAAAAUCCCUAGUUUGGAGUUCACACUAGGGAGACCAGAUUGGCUGGGUACAGAGAAUUGCUAAUAUUGGUCACAA